AUCAGUUUAAAAUAGGGGAAUGUUUACUAAAAUACUGGGCUUAACUUUUUUGUAAAAUCCUAGUUAAUUACAAUUCAUUGUUAAUUAUUUGUGGAAGUGGCGGCAAAUAAAUUGGUAAUGUGUAAAGGAAGUUUGAGAAUGCAUAGUUUUAAAGGAAUUAAGUUUGAUCUAAAGGCACAUGACACAUCAUUAGGCGGCCAUGCAAAUUUACAAUUGAACGGAACAGUACAUUUAAAAUUCAAAUACAGAUGUAAGUCUAAACCACCGGAGAGACUGUGAGCUCCACUGCCAUUUGUAAAUCUGCGCUCAGAUUCCUGCCACGCCUACACCGCAGGUAAACGCAAUCCCUUUACUUGUGAAACAAAAGUACUGUACUAAUGAGCAAGGUUAGAGUCUUCCGGACUUGCUGAAUGUUUCAGUGAUCUUAAAACAGCUGUCCAGAUGGGGUGCAGAUGCUGUCGGAUGAUAGAAAGCUACAUAUUUGAGCCAGCUGUUCCAGUAGAAGUGUAUGGAUGGAGUGAUCAAUCCAGUUCAGUUCACUCACACCAGGGGAAACCGAUGGGUACACACAAUUGCAUAACAGGGCAAACGGUCAACAAGCAGGACUUUAAUAAUCAACAGACUUCAGCACAGAAACAAAGCGUCUCAAAUAUUGAAAAUGACAAAAAUCAGAUCAAUAGGACAUACUUACCAUCUGGAGAGAAGAAAUAUGGACUUGGGGAGAACAAGGAAGGUUUAAAAGGGGAAACUAAUGGACUCUAUAUUUUGGAGAAUAAGCGAACUCAAAGGAAGUGUACACUGCCUAAUAAUGAAGGAGGCAGUGACACCUCGUCCAGCCGGCUGAACAAGCCUUUAGUGGAUAAUUACAUAGCUGCCCCUUCCCAAAACAACAGCAGUGUGGUAAAGGGAUGUGAGGAACAAAUUGAAGCCACAUCAAUACAAGCCACACCAAAAACUGAGAAUAUACUUGUUUCAAAUGGAAAUAUUCAAGACAAAAUACAACCCUCUUUAUUGAAUGACUGUCAACCUGAAGUAAACCUGCCUGCAAUACAGACACAUGACAGUUUUGAAAAUGACUAUGUAGGUGUUGCACACAAUGCUUCAGUCGAUGUAGUAGAUGCCAAAAUUACUAUUAUAAGUAAUGCAAGUAGCUCCUCUGUGGAUAUAAAAGAAUGUGUUACCCAUCUAGGUGACUCGGAUGAACUAAACUGCAGAAUAUCUCCGUUAGUAAGAGGGGAGCCUGAUUCUGAAGAGAGCAAAAGUUCAAUAGACAGCUUUGAGAUUUGUGAUGAUGUGGACGUGGCAGAGGCACUUGCAGCUCUAGAAGCUGCUACAGCAGGGGAGGAUGAGGAAUAGCCAUUUUAAUAAAAUAUACCUUCACACUCCUGCAAACGCUGUCAGUGGGAGUCACAGCAAAGCAUGUGUCAAAAUGUAAGAUGGAAGGAAAAAGACUUCUGUGGUUCGAUGCCAAAAUGUGGUCACUUUCUGUAAAUGGACAUAAAAGAUUAAUGCAACAAUGGUCUAUUAUAAAACAAAGGUCAAUGUUCUAAAAGCUGUAUACUUCCAAAUGUCAUUCCCACUUUUAUUUCAAAGUUACCACAUGAGAAGUAAACAACUGAGACGUUUAAUUUAAGGGCCUCGUCUGAAGUUGUAAAUGGUGUUUUUUUUUUUUUUUUUUUCCACUUUACGGCAAAAAUAACACUGACAAUUUGGAGUGAAAAUAUAGCCCAGCGUUUUGGACAGGGUCAUUUUGGUACGUCUAUGGAAUUCUAGUGAUACGUGUUUGAAGAGUAUAAAUGUUUUUUGCAAAAACAAAGCUCACCCAAGCCUGCAGGUAAUGUGAGACCUUCUCCUCAAAGCUGAUCUUGCUAUGCAAAAAAACAUAGUCUGAAUUUGUGGAGCCUAAUAUAAACAAACCUAAUACAAUAGCAAGAAAACACCAUUCAGGUGACCUCACUGAUCACCCAACGAUGCCUCCUGUAUGUAAAUGAUCAGAAUAAAAACUAAUAUACCAUAUUCAGAAAUACAUAUUGCUGCUGAUGCCAGUGUCUGUGCUUUUCAAUUAGAUUGCUCUUGUGUAUGAAUGUGUGGUUCACUUUAUUUUGAAUAAAAAAAAAAAAAAAAAAAAGUUAAACAAGUAUUUAUUUUUUAAGUGUCAAAAUAUACCAAUUUAGUGUGAAUCUAAAUUGCCACCUCACUUAGAAAUUUUCUAUACUUACAUUUUUUUAUAUAUAAGCCCUGCCCUCUCAGCUCUCACAGUAUUACUUACUCAAAUCCAAGGGGCCAUGUUUUGCAAAGAAUUUACCACUGUACUAAAUUUUCACUAUAAAAACUUACUGUACUACUGUAUCAACAAACAUGGUGCAUGUAGCAAUGGGUUGUUUUAUAGAGCUUUUGAACAUUAUUUUCUUUUUAGACAAUUUUAAUUCUGUUUUAACAGGGUUGUAAAUUAUUUGUCUAAGGCCCCUUAGGUAUAAUUUCCUAACUUGCUAGUGUAAGAGCUACAGAUUGAAUGAAAGUGACUUGGAAGAUUCUUGGGACAGUUUUAGUGGAAUUUGGUGAACCUUAGAAAAACCAUCACACAUUUACAUUUGGCAUUUUCUCUAAAUUAGUUGUUAAGCGAUGCAUGUAAUUCAUUGCAGAACUUUAGACUGGAAACUGGCAUAGAGACAUUCCUGAAUUUUGUCACUGGAUCUACACUAGUCUAGCAGUAAUUUCACCAUUAUGUGAAGGGAUCCAUUAAAAAAAUUCAGAGAACCUGGUGGAAUUCUAGCUCACAUACUGUAGGCCCAUAUUUACUGUUUUAUAACUUGGUUGUUUUGAAGAUAGGGUGGGAAAGCAUUCGAUUUUUCCCUAUUUCAAGUGGUUUAAAAAUAGUCUCCUUUAACAUUUCAAAGAUGCACAGUUACAAACCCCAUGCUGUGCCUUCAUGCAAUGGUUGACCUUGUGAGUGCUACUGGGUCCUGCAUUUCAGAUCGUGCCUUUAUAUCAGAACUACAAAAUCCGCCUAUGGAGUUCCGUGUGUAAAGUCUGUUUUAUAUAGAUAGAAAAAAGGCUAAAACAAUUUAAGAAAAAAAGGUAUGCUUGGAAUAUGUUGAAUGGUUUGGAUUUUUUGUGGUAAGAAUGUCUACUUUUGUUUUGUUCAUUUUACAUUUCUAUUAAGGAGAACAGAAGAUGUACAAUGUUACCCUUUUUUUUGUAAAUUUUGAUCUCUAGUAUAUAC